CAUCCACCUUACCAUCUUCAGAACUUGGCUUAAACAUGAGACGACGAAUAACAUUUGUCCAGAGGCCAGAAUCUCCCUUCCAUGUUGACCAGGCCGUGUUAACGAGCGAUGCGCUGUCCAUUACCCACCUGGACGGGGCGCGCGAGGAGCGGGCAACAUUCGGCUUUGAUGAGCUUCCCUCAGAGAUCUGGCAGGUUCUGAAAUCAAGUCACGAGCUUCACAUCCGGUGGGCUACGGAGCGGCCUUAUGAGAAUGGAGCGCCGUUUUCCAGUCGGAUAUCGCCUGGUUUGCAUGUUUACUAUACCCCUGGGACAUCGGGGGAGACAGGGAGGGGAUUGUGCUCGCUAUUGAAAAAGGGAUUCGAUGAGUCGCUAGAAUGUGACAGUCUCAGGUCCUCCUUUAUACAGCCCCCUAUCCUCUCGGAACGAUUCGCUACUACCGCCGCCUUCCAGUACUACAGUCGUCUUCCCUCCCUGCAGAAUCUGGUCGCCUUCAUUCAACACAAGUUCUGUGACCGGUCGGAUGAGAAAUGCUUUCGUCAUGCGGAAUCAAUACUUUCUGCCGACUCGGUCGAUCUCAACUACGACAGCAUUUCGCAUGCGCUAACCGUGUCUGCGUAUUGGUCGAAAUCGCCAAGCCAAGGAUGGACCGAGCAGGUCAAGAAGCAUACGGCAGAUACACACCAGGUCGAGGUCGGGCUUCUCGGCGUCGAGAGCGCCAUUGAGCCCGAGGAACUGAAAAUGGGUGGUUUACUGGGUGUUGUCGGACAGGACGAAAAGUUAACGGCCCCCGCACCUCCGGACGCGACAUGCGCCCUCCACACAUACCUGACCCUACCAUCGUCGAUCUUCGGGGACAAAUACCAGCUCUCGACAACAGACCCCCUCUUCCUCAACUCCCACAACCUGGCCGCUCUCCGAGCCGUAGCAGGAGAAACCGACCUCGAAGCCCCAGACUGGUUCGUCUCCCGCUGGGGCUCAAACUGGCUGCUCGAGCUCGCAACCCCUCUUCACCCGGAUACCAGCCCACAGGAGUGGAACGCCACGAUCCCCCUGCACCUGCGAUACCUUCCCCCCUCCGAGUCCGGGUACCGCUCCGCCGCGGUACCAUGGCCGAUCGUCUUCUGGGCGUGCACGGCAGAAGACGGCACCAAGAUGGGUGUCAAUCCCUUUGAUCGGGUGAAUCUCGGAUGGGAGGGCCUGUUCGGCCCCCGGACGAUGUUCUAUCAGUUGCAUCCAGCACCGCCGGAGGGCAAGGGCCGGCUUGUCGAAGAGCUGGAAGUGCCUGUUCUGCGACUGCGAGAGGAUGGUGGAUUUUUCCGGAGCAGGACCAUUGAGCUGGGGACGGUUGUUGUCGUUGGGCUGGGGCUGCUGUGGGUUCUGUGGAAGCUUGGUCUCGUCGCGUGGACGGCAGGCUCAGGGACAAGCACAAAGACCCAGAAGAGAAAGGACAAGCAGGGCAAGGCCGAGUAGCGUAAUUCAU